AUGCAUACCCCUGUCAUACUUGUCUGGUGUUCAUCAUUUACUGUACUCAUUGCUCUACUCACAUUACUCAACUAUUCUUCACAAAUCUACUACGAAAUCACUGAACUGGCCGAUUACCUUGCCAUCGAGAUCAAAUCAUUCAAGGCCAAUACUGAUCAAGCAUGGAGCGAUCUCAUCGAUAUUCAGGUCUCUGUGGAGGAUAACCCAAAGAAACGUAGCGUCGCAACGCGAGAUGUGUUUGCUGACUUCAGGAAUAUGCACAAAAUUCGGGUUAGUGCCCCUGGGAAACACGGUUUUCGGGCUCAAGAUGGACUGCCUGGUGCGAUGGGACCAGAAGGACGACGUGGAUUCAGAGGAGAACCUGGUAAACCAGGUCCACGAGGUCUUCCAGGGCGUCAUGGGGUACCUGGCUCUGAUGCAGGAUACUGUACCUGCCCACCACGAACAGUAUUUUCGCAGAAAAUUUCAAAAGUGUAA